CUGUCAGUAGAUAUAAACGGACCUCGUGAACGCUUGCAUUUCGUGUUUAGAUAUUUCGGGACCGUAUGUAUGUAAUCUUCUAUACAGUGUUUAUUAACGUAUUUAUAUUUAUCGUAACGCGGCCGCGCAGAUGCCGAUAGACACGUGCCGCGCCCGGCCAGUAUUCGCGGAAAGAAUAUUUUGUAUGUGCGGUUCAUGUCUGUACGUGUCUGCUACCUGCUGGGCAGUGUGAAUAGAGUAUCGGAACCGUACAGACGUGUUUUACUUUUUUUUACCAUGGAUAACGAAAAACUAAUAGAAAUUGUCAGAGAUUAUAAAUAUCUUUAUGAUUUAACUGAUAAAAAAUACAGUGACAAUAUGAAAAAGGAUCAGGCAUGGAAAGAAAUAGGAAUAAAACUUAAAAAGAAUGGAACAGAAUGUAAGAAAGCAUGGGCACUGCUACGAGAUGCCUUCAGACGUACCAUUAAAAAAAAGAAAAAACAAACCAAAAGUGGGCAGGGCAUACCCAACAAAAAAUGGAAGUAUGAAGAUGAAAUGUCUUUUUUGUUACCGUACAUGAAGGAAAGACCGACUAUACGUCCAAUUCCAACAGUACCAGCAUCUGAUAUUGACGACAACACUAACGAAGAAGAGGAUAUCGCUCUGUCACCUGAAGUUGGACAAAAUAUAACUGACACACGAUCAUCUACACCUGAGGCUAGUCAACAAAUGACUGAUCCAUUGCUAACUACAUUAUCACAAGCUACAACUGACUACCCUCAGCGCACUAACCGAGGCCAAAAACGUACUGAUGAAACACCUAUUGCAGUGCUAAUGAAGUAUAUCAUAGACAGUAAGAAAAAUAUUCCACCGCAAGAUGAUAUUGAACAGUUUAUGGCUGGGAUCACAACUACCUUGCGAACUUUUCCGCCACGAGACAGGGCUAUAGCAAAAGCCAAGAUAUUUGAAAUAGUCUCUCGUAUGGAAAUAGAUAUUCUGAGUAGCCCGACCACAAAAAAUGAAUCUACUUUACUUAAUCAAUAUUACGAGUAGUACAUUGAUUAAGUAAAGUAAAUAUUCUUUAUAAAUCUUAACUGAGACAUACUGCUAGCUUUUCUUUUUGGUGACAAGAACUUGAAAACUCCUUGAAAACUGUAUCGUGUUUGGUUAUCAGCAAUUUUAUUUUAUUUAGUAAAAUGUCAAACUGAUACCGAUUCAUGCGAAAAUAUUUGAAAAAUUUUUCUUCAUCGUCGUCGUUCUUUGCUUAAGCAUAGGAUGAACUGCCAUGCGUUUUUUACUUUUAUUCUUGUCUUCUUUUAGUAAGGCAAUUACUACUAAAUCUUCCACAGAGAAGUGUCUAAUCAGUUUUAGCAAAAAUAUACGUGUUUUCCCACGUCCAACGCUGAUGACGGUGUCAGUCGAUGUGUGACAUAUUACAGCUUGGCAACCUGACGGGCCGCGCGGGACAGGCGACAUGUAGCGAUGAAUGAAAAACACGACUUAUGCAUGCAAGACUUUACACCCGCGCAGCCUUUCUCCCUGUCGCCCGCAUAUCAGUGUCACACUUGUGGCAGGCUACAUGUAACGGUGUUUGUGGGUGUCUGCCACGCUACUUGUCUGCGACGCACUGUGAUGUGACUCUAGAUAUAAACGGACCUUUAACGUUCAGUCCACAGUACGCUGCGUCCGCGCGUAUGCACUCCAACAUGACUGAUUACGAUAUUGAAUAACUCAUUUCACUUUUCAUUAAUUCAGGAACGGCCUGCCCUUCGGGACUGUUUAAAAAAAAAGUCCUUGACUUCUUCUACGGUCAUAAGACCGUAGAACAAUUUAAGGAUAUUUUUCUUCUACGGUCUUCUGACCAUAGAAGAAUUUAAAGAUGUUUUUUUUUAAACAGAGGCGUGAAAGGAAGUUUGUAAAUCUUUUUAUCCUGAUUUUGAGGAGAACUAAUGGCCAUAAUUUUCCCGUAAGUCACCUAAACUAUGAAAU